GAGGGCUUAAUAAGUAAACACACGUAGAGGCAUGCAGGUGUCCCUCUUAGAUAACAUGUGGAGUGUAAUCGUGUAUGUAAGAGCACCACAGUGUGCAGUUUUUUCAAGUGUAAUCGUGUAAUAGUGUAACCAAAACUUCUACAUGUUCCGACGCCUCACUGGCAGUACCGCCGAGUAGAGCUCGCGCCCAAUGUAAUGAACCAGUGUAAAUCGUGAACAAUAAAACGUCCACCCCGCACCUCCCGUGCGCGACGUGCGACCCGUAAAACAACCAGAACCGUGUAUGUAAAUAAACAACCCAACCUAAUCAGGAACCAAAUUCCAUCACCGCCGACGGUUCUAGCGGGCCACGCUGGGGCAACGAACCCACGACCAUCACACGGUUAGACACCGAGCUAACCUGGCGCCCCCCCGGAACAGAAAUCUCUAAAAAAGCCAGCCACCCCGCUAGGACUUGCGCCCGACAACGAACACGAGACCGCGGCUGACGGCAUAUAUACAAAAAUUACGCUUGUUUUCGAAUUUCAGUUUCGAAUAUUUUUUAUCCUAAUUAAACAUUUAAAUUUUUAUUUAAUUUUGAAGAUCUGUCUUGCAAACAUUUUAUUAACACGUUUAAGUUGAUGAACAUGCAUAUAUAAUUUUUUUUCCUAUUUUAUACACAUCAAUUUAAGGAAUUGACUUAGGCUGUUGUUGCACGAACGAAUUUCUGGGGUUUUAAGGUGUGUACGAAAAUUAAGGUACGAUCCGGUAAUUUUUCAGAUUCGAAUCUAACUUAUCCUCAGUGUUUUGCUCCGGUUUGCUCACGCACGAGAGUCCUUGCUUCAGGACCACCCGAACCUGUGUGUAGUUAGGAUUAGGAAGUAUUUUGAAUUAAUUUAUUGUGUUCUGCCGAAAUGUCAUUGUUUAUUUAGUUUAUCAUGAAAUUAUUAAUGGAACUAACAACGUUUAUUAAUAUCUGGGGUGAUAUUGUCGUAUGCUGGUCGACUAGUCACUGACAAUGCUGCCGUUCUGCCGGCUACUCAGGGAUCGGUAGAGGGGGGUUCGGGCCGCUUGGCCGAGGGACGGCCGAAUCUAUAGAUGGCUUUCGGUUAUUAUCCAUUUGCCAGCAGUGCGUUUUGACUGAAAUGCACAUUAUAGAUCUCUUUCGGAUGUAGGUUGACUGCUACAAAGUGGAGAGCCAACCACUUUCAGGUGAAUGUGGUCUGAUGGUGUUUCAACAGCUUGUUCAGCUGUUUGUUUACAUUUUUUUUAACCAUGGCACGGGAGUUGGACGAGUUUCGAAACCACAUUGACGAAGUAUUUGAAUUCUCUGAAGAAUUGGAAAACGUGGCGCGAGCCCCGAAAAGAUAUUUAAGAAAUAUGCACGAUCCCUUUGAAGUUUAUCGAGACAGGGAAUUUCAAAUGAAAUAUAGAUUCUCCAAAAAUGUGGUUAGAGAUGUGCUGUAUCCAUAUGUGGAACACAUGGAAAAACUUGAUAAAAGAGGAUUGCCAAUACCAGCAAUUAGAAAAUUGCUUCUGUCUUUACGAUUUUUCGCAACAGGAAGUUUUCAGCAGGUUUGCGGUGACCUUGAUGGCAUAAGCCAGACUACAGCAGCUGGUGCAAUAAAAGAUGUAACUGAAGCACUGGCUAGUCAGCUAAGACAUCAUGUCAGACUGCCCAGGACAGAUGCAGAAAUGAAUUUUGCAAUGCAACAUUUUUUCGAUAUAGCAGGAUUCCCUGGUGUAGUGGCACUAAUAGACUGCACCCAUAUACCCAUAGCCAAUCCUGGUGCUGACCACGGUGAACUAUUCAGAAACAGACAUGGAAUAUUCUCCUUGAAUGUGCAGGUAGCAGUUGGUCCAAAUUACAAGAUUAUAGACAUUUGCACAACAAGACCUGGAUCCUUUCAUGAUGCCAGAAUAUUCAAUUGUUCUGGCCUCAAGAUCUGCUUUGAAGAACACCGUUUAAAAGGUCUAAUGCUGGGAGACAAUGGCUAUGCCUGUCUUCCAUACCUCUUUACACCUCUUCUUCGCCCACAUACUGAGGCAGAAGUAAUGUACAACACUGCUCACAAACGCACGAGAAAUGCUGUGGAGAGAACCUUCGGUAUUUGGAAGCGGAGAUUCCGCUGCCUCACCAAGAAACUUGAAAACAAAGUGGAAAAUGCUGCUGCAAUCAUUUGUGCAACAGCUGUGUUGCACAAUAUCAGCAUAGAUGCAAAUGAACCAUUGCCAGAUGAUGAGUACCCAUGGGUGGAUGAAAUUGAUGUCGCUGCACCACCAAUGGGUUUGUUUCAUGGCAACAGAAAUGGUCAUCACUUCAGAACUGCCUUUAUUCAGAGACAUUUCAUGUAACACCUAUGUUAACUUUGCUAAAUUUCUGAAAUUUCAAAGCUUGCACAAACUCUUCAGUAAUUGUUUGAAAAUGCAAAUAUCUGUGCUUAUAUAUGUGAUUAGGUUGCAUAAGCAUGAGUUGUGGCAUAAUGCUUUACAUAUUAACACCUAGGAGUAAUUUGUAAGUGACAAACAAUAAUAAUAAUUUCAAACAUAA